ACCGUAUUCCAGCAGUCCUCCGUGCACCGAAAUCGAGUUCAAAGGACAAAAACAAAUCUCUUGCUGCCUUUUAAAAGAUAAUAAUUUCAACAGAAUUAAAAUCAUGGUGAAUUACGAUGAUCUCAUGCAAAGAGCGAAUGCCGCCUUCAUGAGUGGCAAAACUCGCAGUUUGAAGUUUCGCGAGCAACAACUUUUGGCUUUGCAACGGAUGUACGAGGAAAAGGAGACGGAAAUGUUGCAAGCGUUGGAAAAAGAUUUACGAAAAAGCAAGCAAGAAGCGAUGUUAUGCGAAAUCGAAAUAAUGAAAAACGAGUUGAAAGGUCUCCUUUUCCACUUGAAAGAAUGGGCAGAGCCCGAAAAGCCCGACAAAGCCUUAGUGAACAUGCUGGACGACGUUUACAUCUUCAACGACCCGUAUGGCGUUGUUUUAGUCCUCGGGGCAUGGAAUUACCCGUUGCAAUUGACGAUGGUGCCGGUAGCUGCAGCGAUUGCUGCUGGAAAUUGCGUCAUCAUUAAACCGAGUGAGAUGGCAACACAUUCCGCCAAAUUUAUGGCUGACUAUCUGCCGCAGUAUUUGGAUAACGAAUGUUAUCAGGUUGUGUGUGGCGGAAUUCCGGAAACGACAGAACUGCUAAAACACAAAUUUGAUUACAUUUUUUAUACGGGAUCGACGCGAGUUGGGCAGAUUAUUCAUCAGGCAGCGAAUAAGCAUCUGACGCCGGUCACGUUGGAGCUGGGAGGAAAGAGCCCGUGUUAUAUUGACUCGACGGCAGACAUUGAGGUAUCGACGAAGAGGAUUUUGUGGGGAAAGUUUAUUAAUGUGGGACAAACGUGUAUUGCGCCGGAUUAUAUUUUGUGUACAAAGGAAGUGGAGGAGAAGUUUUUGGAAGCUGCCAAGAAAAUUCUCGACGAAUGGUACGGAGAAGACAGAAAAUCCAGUCCCGAUUUGUGUCGUAUCGUAAAUCAAAACAACUUUAAUCGCCUUCAAUCAUUCCUCAAGUCCGGCAAUGUGGCAAUCGGUGGCAAAACCGAUGCCAACGAACUUUUUAUCGAACCAACAAUUCUCACGAACGUUCAAGCUUCCGAUCCCGUGAUGCAAGAAGAAAUUUUCGGACCUCUUCUGCCCAUCGUGAACGUCAACAACGCCUACGAUGCCAUCGAAUUCAUCAAGCAGCGACCAAAAGCCCUGGUUAUGUACGUUUUUACCACAGAAGCGCCCAUCCAAGAUUUGUUCAUCUCGCAAACGUCGUCGGGCGCGAUGUGCAUCAAUGACACCGUCAUGCAAUACGCCGUCGAUUCGUUGCCCUUUGGUGGUGUCGGCAUGAGCGGCAUGGGACGUUACCACGGAAAAUAUUCAUUCGAUACCUUCGUGCACAAAAAAGCGUGUUUAGUGAAGGGCUUCAAUUGCCUCAGCGAAGUUCUCGGAUCGGGCAGAUAUCCGCCGUAUAGCGAGAACAAAACGUGGUUUACGGCAUUCAUGAUGCGAAAACGAACUUGUCCAGUGCCUACGAAGUAUUUCACGCAUUUGUUCAUCUUCAUGAUGGGCGUUGUGGCGACAAUUUUGUACCGGAAAUAUGUCGAGUGACGCCAAAAGGGUGGAAACGGACUGCUUUGGACAUUGUUGAAAUUUGUAUCGGUUCUUAAGAAAAAUCACAAUUAAUUUGUAAGGAAGAGGGAAGUUUGUUUCGCAUCAGCGCUACACGCAUUUAGCAGCGAACAUGAUUAAUUUUUAACGUAUUUUAACGAAAAAAAGAAAGUUCAUUUUUUUAUAUGUAUGGAUUAUUACAUUGCAUUAUUACAUAUUUUGCGUACUUUUAUGUUAUAUAUCAAAUAUAUAUGUACAAGG